AUGCGCUACGCUCAGCUUAUCCUUUCCCUCUUCCUCUUUUUUACCUUCGUCCUUGCUCUACCCGUGCCGGCACCGGUAGACGCCCUUGUCGAGCGGGCACAAAGUAAGAGUAACAACAAGGGAAGCAGCAGUAACAAGGGAAGCAGCAGUAACAAAGGAAACGCGAGUAACAAGGGAAGCUCGAAAGGGGUAGCGAAGGAGGUCAAAGGCAUCGAUAAGAAUAUCGGCAUCCAAGAGAAGGAGCAAAAGGACGUCAAGAAGCUCCAAAAGUCCGAGGGGACGAAGAAGUUCGGCAAGGAGUCGAACGGUCUCAACAAAGAAAUUGCCAAUGGACAGAGGCAACGUGAGAGGAACCAGAAACUCGCGGACAAGAAUAACAAGCCAUUGACCAAUGGACUGGAUAAGGUUCAAAACGCCCAGGCAAAAGAAGCAAAGCAAGCCAAAACCCUGAAGGGCGAUGAUUCCAAGAAAGACAAGGCUACCUUGAAUCAGCUCGGGAAAGAAUUCAAGGGCGGUGAAGAGCAGAACAAGAAGAACAAAGCAGCUGCUCUCAAUGGCGGUAAUGGUGGUAAGGGCAGCAAGAGUAAUAAGAAGGGCGGUAGAUCAUUGGAGGCCGCGGAGGAGACUGGAGAAAUUGAGUUGAGCAGAGACGAAAUCGAAUAG